GGUGCCACGCAACCGCGUGGUGGCACUGCAGCGAGCCACCUUGAACGAGCUCCUGGCACUUGUGAUGCUGGGCCCAGUGCUGCAGACUGACAUCCGAGUCAGCUAUGUGCCGCGCCUGUUUCGUAUGGACGCAUCACCAGACGGAGCAGGCAUAGCCUACGCAUCGGUGCCUGAAGCGGUUGUCAAAGAACUCUGGCGGCACGGUGACACCGUUGCCAUACCUACGCCCAUGCGGGAACGCAUCGUUUAUGAUGUUGCUGAGCUGUUCGGCAGCGGGACAUUCUGGACCGCUGCGCACGCCAAGCUGGGACUGCGCUGCGGCCCAGGCGCCAUGCAACGUUUGCUGAAGCUUUGCCGCCCGUCGGUGGCCGGAGUCCUUGGUGACAUCGCUCGCGCUCUCAAAGAGGCUUGGGGUUGUCAGCUUUGCGAGCCGUCCGGACUCAGCGAGUCACGCAGCUCGGAACGCGAAUUCUACGACGACCCGCUUUGGAUCGGCGAGCUUGCAGACAGCCUAGGAAGCGAGAGCCUACAAGACGUGGCUGAAGAGCUCUUUACACGGCAGGUCUUCACGUUUACUCGGCCCAGAACCGCAGCGACGGGCCGUCAAGAGGGAGGCGACACUGGCAGAUUUGACAUAUGCCUGGCCGCAGCUCGCGUGCCCAAGAAUCCUUCGAGAUGGCUACGCUUGCUGCUGUUGCUCGCCGGAGACAUCGAGCCUCAUCCUGGACCUGCUCUCCAGCCGCGCGGACCUCUCGACCUCCAGUCGGGCUUUGCAGCAUCCGCGCGGCAUAAGAUGCAGAAAAGCUUCGAUGCCUUUGCUAUGUGGCUCCUCGGGGAAUUCAAUCUGCAAUUGGCUCAAGUGCUGACGUGCGCAACCACUGCCUCUACAGCGUUGCGGGCGUUUGGGCUGCGCCUCUACGCUGCAGGUCUCCAGCGUUACUUGCUGGUUUAUGCCAUCACCGCGGUGCAGGAUCUCCGGCCACAGAUGCGGGGGUCGCUCACCGGGGCGUGGCAGAUCGACAAGAAAUGGCAGCUGGCGGAGCCUGGGUCCUGCAGGCCCGUCAUCUCCGCGCCCAUCUUGCAGGGGGCAGUGGCUCUGGCUCUACUGUGGGGCUGGCUGGACUGGGCAGCCAUCACUAUGCUGGGCUUCAUCUGCAUGCUUCACCCCUCUGAGUUUGUGAACCUGCGCCGCUGCGACUUGGUUUUGCCCCGUGACGCCAUGAGCAGCGACCGCAUCGCUUAUGUGCAUGACGAGGCUACGCUCUCUUACCUGGAAGCCCUUUACAGCAACUUGCCGCAGCAGGAGCAGCUUUUCCGAGGCUCUAUGCACACUUACAGGCGGCAGUGGGAUGCAGUGAUGAGCAGAUUGGGCGUGCCGCACCGUCUUUCUGACCACGGAGCCACACCAGGAGUGCUGAGGGGCUGCGGUGCUACAUACCUCUACUUGGAGUGCGAGGAUGUCCAGCUGGUUGCCUGGAGGGGUAGAUGGGCAAAGAUGAAGACGGUCGAGUUCUAUCUGCAGGAGGUCGCUGCGAAUUUGCUUGUCCAGCAGUUAUCUGACAGCGCCAGAUCCCGUAUUGCCGUGCUGCGCUCGGCAGCUCGCCGUCUCCUCUUUCUGGUGACAAAGCACCGCUCCGAUCAGCAAGAAUGUUAG